ACACAAAAACACUGAUCCCAAAUCCAUUGGCGUACGGACAAAUUCCCAGAUUUAUCUUUAAUAAAUGUCCUCAUAUCUUAGCAGCUUUUAAGGAACACAACACCAUUCUUAUUCUCAUUCAUAUAUAAGCACAGCUCCUACCUCUAUUCUCUUCAUCAUUCCUUAACCUCUCUCUCUAUCUGUGUAUACAUAUCAUUACCAUAUCUCUCACGAGGAGUUUAGUAUAGUUGAUUGAAUAAAUAUGGUUAUAAAAAAAAUCUCUGCCUUUCUCUACCAAGAAGUUAAACUUAAUUGGUUGAGCAUACAUGAAUUGUUGUAAACAUUCUGAUACAUGAUACAUGUUUUUAAUUUCUACGGAUAAAAAAAUAUCUAUCCUCUCUACUUUUGAACCAGAACCAUAUCCUUCAAGCCAUGAACUUCAGAAGCGGCUCCUCGGAUUCAAAGGACGCCAGUAACAGCAGCACCGGCGAGGCCUAUUUGAGCGGCGUUUCGGACGUCAUCACGCCGCUGAGGCGCCUCUCGGAGCAGCUCGGGUCAAUAUUAGAUGGCGGGGGGGUUGACUUUUUCUCCGACGCCAAGAUCGUGGCCGGAGACGGCCGGGAAGUGGCGGUGAACCGGUGCAUUCUGGCGGCCAGGAGCGGCUUCUUCAAGCAUGUCUUCGCCGGUGGUGGCGGCUGCGUGCUCCGGCUGAAGGAAGUGGCCAAGGACUACAACGUGGGGUUGGAGGCGCUUGGGAUUGUUUUGGCUUAUUUGUAUAGUGGAAGAGUGAAGCCUUUGCCUCAAGGUGGUGUUUGUGUUUGUGUGGAUGAUGUGUGUUCACAUUUUGGGUGUAGGCCUGCUAUUGAUUUCUUGCUUCAGCUUCUCUAUGCAUCCUCCACUUUUCAGCUCAAUGAGUUGAUUGCUCUUUAGCAGGGACAUCUACUAGACAUUCUUGAAAAGGUGGCAAUAGAUGAUAUUUUGGUGGUUCUAUCGGUCGCAAAUAUAUGUGGCAUAGUGUGUGAAAGACUACUAGCAAGGUGCACUGAGAUGAUACUUAAAUCUGAUGCUGAUAUCACCACUCUUGAAAAGGCACUGCCUCAACAUUUGGUGAAGCAAAUCACAGAUAAACGAAUAGAACUGGACCUGUACAUGCCCGAAAACUUCAAUUUUCCUGACAAACAUGUCAACAGAAUACACAGGGCACUGGAUUCGGACGAUGUGGAACUGGUAAGAUUGCUUUUGAAAGAGGGACACACAACUCUUGAUGAUGCUUAUGCACUCCACUAUGCUGUUGCAUACUGUGAUGUGAAGACCACCACUGAGCUUCUUGAUCUUGGUCUUGCUGAUGUGAACCACAAAAACUAUAGGGGCUAUAGUGUGCUGCAUGUUGCUGCAAUGAGGAAGGAGCCUAAGAUUAUAGUUUCUCUCUUGACUAAGGGGGCACAGCCUUCUGAUCUCACUUUGGAUGGAAGAAAAGCCCUUCAGAUUUCGAAACGUCUCACCAAAGCUGUGGAUUAUUAUAAGUCCACAGAGGAAGGAAAAGUUUCAUGCAGUGACAGGUUGUGCAUAGAGAUAUUGGAGCAAGCUGAGAGAAGGGAGCCUUUACUUGGAGAGGCAUCUCUUUCUCUUGCUAUGGCAGGGGAUGAUUUGCGCAUGAAACUGUUGUACCUAGAAAAUAGAGUUGGACUGGCGAAAGUGUUGUUUCCCAUGGAAGCAAAGGUUAUUAUGGAUAUUUCUCAAAUUGAUGGCACAUCUGAGUUUCCAUCAACAGACAUGUACUGUCCAAAUAUUAGUGAUCACCAGAGGACAACUGUGGACUUAAACGAUGCACCUUUCAGAAUGAAGGAAGAACAUCUAGUUAGGUUGAGAGCACUGUCUAGAACUGUGGAGUUGGGGAAACGCUUCUUCCCUCGAUGCUCAGAAGUGUUGAACAAGAUCAUGGAUGCUGAUGACCUAACUCAGCUUACAUGUAUGGGUGAUGACAGUCCCGAAGAUCGACUAAGGAAGCGAAGAAGGUAUGUGGAGCUCCAAGAAGUUCUGAAUAAGGUCUUCAAUGAGGACAAGGAGGAGUUUGAUAGGUCUGCCAUGUCAUCAUCAUCCUCUUCUACAUCAAUUGGAGUAGUGAGACCUAAUGCCAAUCUAGCCAUGAAGAACUAGGUGAAAAUAAUGUGCUCAGAGAUGAAUCCUUUUCUAUUGAUUUUGUGUUUCAAUGCUAGUUUUUGUUUAGCCAUUCUGUUUUUCCUUCCCAUAUUGUAUUUUUGGUAUUUUCAUAAAGGAAGAAGGGGAUGAAAUUUUAUAGCAA